CUCUCGUUUGUAGCCUUGCUCUAUAAACCUAUAAACCGAGUUGCUCGAAGCACCAAUGUUUUACAAGAUCUGUUGAAGCACACGCCGACCGAUCACCCCGAUUACCCGCUCCUCCAAGACGCCCUUCGAAUAUCCCAGAACUUCCUCUCCAGCAUCAACGAGGACAUCGAUCCUCGCAGAACGGCCGUCACUACCCCGAAAGGAGAGAACCGCCAGCUGGUCAAGGAUGGGUUCUUGGUUGAGGUGGCCGAAGGAUCUCGCAAGCUGCGCCACGUUUUCCUUUUCACAGACGUUUUACUCUGCGCCAAGUUGAAAAAAACGGGCGUUGGGAAAAACCAGCAGUACGAGUGCAAGUGGUACAUCCCCCUGGCGGAGCUGGUCUUCCCGUCCUUGGAAGAGUCCGACUUGUGUCCACACGUCCAGGCCAUGCCGGACCACGACCUGGAAGACAUGAAGAUCAAGAUCUCCUCCAUGAAGAGCGAAGUGCAGAAGGAGAAGGCCAACAAAGGCCAGAGCCGAGCCAUGGAGCGCCUGAAGAAGAAAAUGUUUGACAACGAGUUUUGGCUGCUGCUCAACUCGCCCUCCAUCCCGUUGCGGAUCCACAACCGCAAUGGCAAA